GUACAGAUACUCAUCAGCAAGAGAGAGAGAGAGAGAGAGAGAGAGAGAGAGAGAGAUCUAGAGAGGCCAUGGUCUCCAAGGUGCAGAUGAAGAGAGCGCCAGUAUCCAAGAAACUGCUAACCCUUCGUUCCAUCUCUAAGUCUCAUGCGUAAAACCGCAAUUGUAUUCGAUGCAUCAAAAUAUAUACAAAACUUAAAGCGCAAAGUGGAGGAAAUGAAUCUACAGACGAUUGCUUCAGCGCAAACCUCAACUUCCCAUAACCCCUUUUCUGUGCAACUGAAAGUCGAAGCUCGUGAGGAAGGCUUUCUGAUUAAGAUGUUCAGUGAAAAAAGCUGCAGCGGGUUACUUGUUUUCGUAUUGGAAGCUUUUGAAGAGCUAGGCCUUGAUGUGCAUCAAGCUAGGGUUUCUUGUUCCAACAAUUUUCUUCUAGAAGCUGUUGGAACAAUCAAUGAUAAUCAAAGUGCUGAACAGAAAGAUGUUGAGGUAGUGAAAGAAGCGAUGUUGCAGGCCAUUCAAAACUGGAGUGAAGUUUCCCAACAACAAGAAUAAUGCAAGAGUUAACCUUUUCAUCUCAAUCAAAUUACAAGAAUAAUGCAAGUACUAUGGCAAGCAUAUAUCUAGGUUAUAGAUUUGCUCAUUGCAGGCCAAUAGACUAUAAUGAGAAUUUGCAUGAUAAUGUGGUUGAAGGAUGAACGAAUAUGCAAAGCCUUUCAUGCCUUAAAGAUCAUUAUCCAUUCGUAUCAUUUUUUCCUUUUUUUUUAAUGAAUUGGAAGGAGAAAUUUGGGUAGGGUU